AUGAAAAAGAAGAUGAGCCUAAUGCAGUUAAUAAGGAGCGGUUUGGGUAGUCCUUCUUCUUGCCGGCUGUCCCGGACUGAGUCGGAGCUCAGGUGCCGCGUCCCGGGGGGGAAGCUGUGCAGCAACCGAGGCAGAUGCGAGUGUGGGGUCUGCAUCUGCCAAGUGACGGAGUCCGGCAAGUACUACGGCCCGCUCUGCGAGUGCCACGACUGGGUGUGCGAGAUCUAUGAUGGGAAGAUCUGCGCAGGCCAUGGGAAGUGUGACUGUGGGAAGUGCAAAUGUGAUGAAGGAUGGUAUGGUGAAGCUUGUCAGUAUCCAACUACUUGCAAUCUUACACGGAAGAAAAGCAAUGAAAUGUGUAAGAAUUCUCAAGAUAUCAUCUGUUCUGGUGCAGGCACAUGCCAGUGUGGCAGGUGUAAAUGUGCAAACCCAGAAGGAAAUGGACUGGUCUAUGGUAAAUUUUGUGAAUGUGAUGACAGAGAAUGCAUAGAUGAUGAGACAGACGAGAUUUGUACAGGCCAUGGAAAGUGUUACUGUGGAAACUGUUACUGUGAGGCUGGUUGGCAUGGAGAUAAAUGUGAAUUCCAGUGUGACAUUACCCCCUGGGAGAUCAAGAAAAGAUGCACAUCUCCAGAUGGCAAAAUCUGCAGCAACAGAGGCACAUGUGUGUGUGGGGAAUGCACAUGCCAUGAUGUGGACCCAACUGGUGACUGGGGAGAUAUUCAUGGAGAUACUUGUGAGUGCGAUGAAAGAAACUGCAAAGCAGUGUACGAUAGAUAUUCUGAUGACUUCUGUUCAGGUCAUGGACAGUGUAAUUGCGGAAGGUGUGACUGUAAAGAAGGAUGGACUGGGAAGAAGUGUGAACAUCCACGUUCUUGUCCCUUGUCAGUAGAGGAAAGUGCUAAGAAAUGCCGAGGAAAUUCUAAUUUACCUUGCUCUGGAAGAGGGAGGUGUGAAUGUGGCCAAUGCACUUGUUUCCCUCCAGGAGACAACAGGGUUCAUGGCAAAAACUGUGAAUGUGAUGAUCGACAGUGUGAAAAUGUGGACGGCGAUAUCUGUGGGGGCCAUGGUAUCUGCUCAUGCGGCCGAUGCAUUUGCCAGGACGGGUGGUUUGGAAAAAUGUGCCAGCAUUCAAGGAAGUGCAACAUGACAGAGGAGGAGAGCAGAAGUCUCUGUGAGUCAGCGGAUGGCAUAUUAUGCUCUGGGAAGGGUUCCUGCCACUGUGGAAAGUGCAUCUGUUCACUGCAGGAAUGGUACAUUUCGGGCGAUUUCUGUGAAUGUGAUGACAGAGACUGUGACAAACACGACGGUCUCAUUUGCACAGGCAAUGGUGUUUGUAGCUGUGGAAACUGUGAGUGCUGGGAAGGAUGGAAUGGAAAUGCUUGUGAAAUCUGGCUGGGCAGAGAAUACCCUUAA